AAAAAAUAUCGAAAACGUAAAUAAAAGAACAGAAUUAGUGAUGUGCAUAUCUCAUAAGGACUGUUUAGGCUCGUAAAAACUCAAGAAUCUUCUCUAUAGAUGCCAGAUAUUCAACGACUCUAGGGCUUAGUUAGUUCAUAGUUUAUUUUUACCAUCAACAUACAGGAAAAUGCGUAAAACAUGGGUCAAACGGGACAACAUCUACUACAAGCCGUUCUACAAACAGAAGCUGAAGAUGACCCUGCUCGGAGUGCUGCUGAUGGCAAUCGUCUUCUUUGGUUACCAAUUUUUCUACAUCAGUCAGUUGCAAACGGAAUCGGGGACGGGCGUGCUCGUCCGGCUUGAAUCGGACCAACACCAGGCUAAUAAUGAACGUGUUAAUUCGGUAGGAAACGAAGCGGUAUCCGAAGCAACGGUAGCAUCGCCAGCGAACGGCUUGAGGGACGAAGGUGGAGGAGUAGCGAGUGUGAACCGUAGCGGCAACCUCGAGGGACCGAAGGGACCGACCAACGACAGCCGGUACGUCUACGUGGAGAAGAUAGGGAACUACGAAAAGCGAAUACUCAGGGGUAUUCGAUUGAGCGACCUGGAGUCGUACUCCGAACGCCUGCAAACAACAUUCAACUGCUUGCGAAGCAAGCGGGCGAUCAGUUGGAGCCGGGUGAAUGAUGAUUACUGCGAUUGUCCGGAGGAUGGUAGCGAUGAGCCCAGUACGAAUGCGUGCGCUCGGGGCCGUUUCUACUGUCGGUUUCAGAAACGUCACCUAACCGGACGGGGAGGUGACACUUCCGUUCCUAGUUCGUGGGUAAACGAUGGAGUCUGUGACUGCUGUGAUGGUUCCGAUGAGUGGCUCAGUCAGCAGCAGCUGCAAACGGGGGGUAAACUACGCUGUCGGAAUAGUUGUAAGGAAAAGUUCCCCUACUAGGGAAACCUGGAGAACCUCUGAUUUGUGAUUGUCGAGAGAGCGUUCCUGUGGAACCAGACUGCGAGAAUGUAAGAUUGCGUGCUGCGUAAUAAAUUAUUGUAGGUAGUUUGUAUAUAA